UAUAUGGCGUAAUUCGCGGAGGGAUCCCUGCUUGUCAGAACCAUGGUGAGAUCGCAGAGAAGGCAGUGAACAGGAGAUCUAACGUAUAGCUCAAACCCUCAAUAGGACGGAGACACUUCACCGUGAGGAGGUUCUGUCGUGAACAUCUGGGAAAACAAAUGUUAACUUUCGGAUAGUAUCGACCGCUAGACUGUCUAGCGUUCCUGGGAGCUGGCUUUCAGCUGACUUACUGGCGUUCUGCGGUGGAAAUAGCACAAAAAAUGUCGUCUCCGAGUCCGGGUAAAAGGCGAAUGGAUACCGAUGUGGUGAAACUCAUCGAGAGCAAGCAUGAAGUCACCAUCCUCAGUGGACUCAAUGAAUUUGUAGUGAAGUUUUAUGGCCCACAAGGAACGCCGUACGAGGGAGGUGUGUGGAAAGUGCGAGUAGAUCUUCCUGAUAAAUACCCAUUCAAAUCGCCAUCCAUAGGAUUCAUGAACAAGAUUUUUCAUCCCAACAUUGAUGAAGCGUCAGGAACAGUGUGCUUAGAUGUCAUCAACCAGACAUGGACAGCUCUUUAUGAUCUGACCAACAUCUUUGAAUCGUUCCUGCCCCAACUGCUGGCUUACCCAAACCCCAUCGACCCCCUUAACGGCGAUGCAGCUGCCAUGUAUCUUCAUCGGCCAGAGGAGUACAAACAAAAAAUCAAAGAGUACAUUCAGAAAUAUGCAACAGAGGAAGCCCUGAAGGAGCAGGAGGAAGGAACGGGAGACUCUUCAUCUGAAAGCUCCAUGUCUGAUUUCUCAGAAGACGAAGCCCAGGACAUGGAGUUGUAGUAAUAAAGGGUUCCCUCCCAAUCACUCCCCUUCCUUUAACCCCCCCACAGAGACUAUAUUUGAUUUCCUAACCACGAGAAAGCAGACUUAUAAUAUUCAUAUUUAAACAAGUUGAUUUUUUUAUUUUUAUUAUUACGACUAAACAAGGAUUUUUAUGGAUAUAUAGCCUUUGGUGUGUUUUGACAGACGCCCCUUCUCCUCUAUAGUCGUUCUCCCCGAUAGCGUUCACAAUCUCUGCUGCAUUUGUUCAAUGUUGUAAAAUUCCUCCACCCGAAGCGUCCCGUUCCUUUGCUUAGACUUUUUUUUGUUCUUUCUCCAUUUGACACAGCCAGCCACGUCCCUCCAUGCUAAUUGGUAACAUGUCGGUUGCUCUUUGAAGGUGAAAAGUGCUCCCAUCUCCUCCAAGACAGUAUUUGUAAAAACUUGAUAACUUUUGAGACAAAAGUUGGCUUUCCUUGCAAAUUUGAAGCGAAACACGUUCUGCAUGUCCCUCCCCUGUCCCUCUCUGCUGUGCUGGCUGCGAUGCGCACAACUGUUGCAAACUAGAGCAAGUAUGGGGGGGGAGGAAAUGCUUCUGUUUUAUUCAGGUUACAAAACUCUUAUUUUAAGGCACACAGCCCCAGUAGAUACUCAUCGAUGAAUGCAGAAUACUUGCUAAGCAUAUCUCUGGUAACAUACUAAUGAAGAAAAGUCUGGAAUAAUAAGGUCUGUUUCGGUUUAAGUGCUGUGUUGGAUGUUACAUAUUUUUGUUUUAGUCUGUUGACCGUCUUGGUGUUUAAAAGAAGAAAGAAAAAAAAAAACAGGCCGAUAUUGCAGAACAGAUGAAUGCCUGUCUGACUACAGGGUGACACAUAUUGCUCUGGGUAUCUGAUUUAAGCGCAUUUCAUAAAAAAAAGUCUGUAAUAUAAACUAUAUUUUUGGCCUGUUUUUUUUUUUUUUUUUUUUAAGAAUAAAAUUAUUCUUAGUCAGGAAGCAGAUUGUCCUUGUUGCUAAAAACCAGCAUGAAAGGGAGUUUUAAACUUGUGAAGCAUCCCACACUCAAUGAUCUUUGAGUUUUUGGGUUGAUUGGGCUGAAAAUGAAGAGCACUUUUUGUUCUGUUUCUUAGGUUUUUAUUUUUUUUAUUUAUUUUUUUGGUCGCUACAUACAGGUUAGUCCUUCUCACAUUCCGCUGCUCUAUCCCCUUUGCAAUUGGUCCAACCUGUGCUGUGUUACCUGACAAGUGGCAGUCUGCUUUCACUAAGAAGAAAAAGACAUUUGGGGGAAAAAAAAUGUAGGUAGAAAUUGGUCUCCUUAACCUAAAAAAACCUUUGUGUGGUAAGUAAUGAUGCUGAAAGAACAACAGUACAAGUGCAAAUAUAAGUUGGUUCUAUUACCCAAAAACUUUUAUUACAUGUACUCUUUAAAAAGAAAAAAAAUGUUCACUUUGUGAUAAAAAUAUUGAGUUUUUUUGUUUUUUUAAAAAAAAAACAAUAAAGUGUCUGUCUACUGCAUAUGGCUCUGGCCUCCUAAAAAAACAAAAAACCAAACAAAAUAAAAAAAAACAGUUUGAGCCAAAACGUUAACUUUUUGAUGCCGAUCAGGGUGAAAAUUGGUGCAAAUACAGAAAACUGACAUAUUUUGUAGCUCUGGUUCCCAAGAUGAAUAGUGCAUGCUUCUGGGAAGUCAUCACAUCACCUUCAGUUUAACCCUCCCCCCUCUCUUCUGUGCCUCAUCAUUGCAUCAAGAAACUCAGCAAAAACCAUGUAUUUAAGAAGCCAUGGAGACGACUUGUAAUAUUCUAGAGAAGCACAUCGUUUUAACUCUCUUCCUUUUUUUUCUUUUCUGGGUGUGAGUCCAUUCUGUUGUCUUUGUGCGCCGACACAAAAUUCAUCUGAAACGCCCCAGGUUUUAUUAUAGCGAAUGUUUGAAGUACUCUUUGCUUCUGUUCUGCAUUGUGGUUAACCAUGUUUCACCUAGAAGGUAUUAAAAAAAAAACAGGCAGAAAAUCAUGCAGGAAUUGUUGAGCUGUUUUUUUUUGUGUGUGUUUGUUUUGUUUUUUUACUGCGUCAGGAUAGAUAGAUUUGUAGUUUGGUAAACCUAUUAAUGAGGUUCUUUAGUAACGGGGAAUUUUCACUCUCAUCUAACCGUAUAGAUGCACCCGCUCGAGCUUGUACAGCGAUUUUAUUUUGAGGCGCAGCGGUUGUGACGGAUCUGACUUGUACAGAAAGCAGAAAUGUGGCUCGGAUCUUUCUACUGUCAGACUGUUUUUGUGCUCUUGAACAUCCACUCGUUCAAAUGCAGAGGCAUCCCUUUUGUUUUCAGUUUGUAACAGAACAAUUUGAUUUUUUUUUUUUUUUUUUAAAAGAUGUGUUAAUUUCUUUCACCUGCAGCUGUGUGGCUUUUGGUGAAAGCUUUCCUUUUCAAGAUGUUCCACGUGUUCCCUACUAGUUUACCUGCUGCUUGUGACACUUGCCUUGGCCAUCCUAGGAAAAUAUAUUUUUAAUAUACGAGCUGAUUUAUCAUGCAAACGUCUUUUUUUUAAAAAAAAAAAGAUACUAUUGAAACCAUCGAGAGUGGAAGUGCACCAGUCAGUCAGUCAGCCAGAAAUUGGAAUCUGCAAGUUUCCUUUUGGUCAUCUCUCAUUGGUUAUAAGUGAGUCAAAUGCUGAAAUCCCCCCCCCCCCCCCCCCCCCCUAAUUAAAUUAAUAAAAUUAAGACUGAACAUUUUUGUCAUAAAAAUGCAUCAGGGCAUUUAUUUAAGUUUAACUGAAAUCAGAUCAAAUUUGAGGUCACAUUCAUUGACGCAUCUAUAAGAAUAAUCUUGUAAUUCUUUCAUUUUUUGUUGGAUUCAAAACUAACAUGUCUGUCAAACAAUUUGCAACACUUUUUUGUCCUGCCAGGUAUUUUUUGUGGCUGGGAAAAGCCUGAUAGAUGCAUCUCUACUUCAGAGAUAUUGCUAUACCGGAGCGCUGAGGUUGGUGCGUUUCCAGAAAAGAAUCAUGAAAAUAAGGUCGACUCACCCAAAUAUGAGAAAUUACUUAAACUUUUCUGGCACUUUGUAUCCACUCAGCAUUAAAAUGUCUAGUUUUGACCUGAUGUUGGUUCCCAUCUUGGAGCUUCUUGGCUGUUAAGGACCGUAAUCUGUGCUCGCCUGUGCACCCUUUCGGAUAAAACGACGAGGAGCUUAAGCCAAACUUUAAAAGCCCCACUCUUUGUUAGCACAACCGAAGAGUCGUCUGCACAAAAGAUCCCGCCUCUCUCUCUCCCUCCGCUUUGUUGACUGUCUCCUUUUAGCAGUUGCAUGCUUUUCAGUGCACACCUUCACUCAGUUUCUGGUGCUUGUGUGGAUUUUCUAACCCCUUCCAGGCACUCCUACCAUCAUCAGCCCCUUUUUAUCAAGCACACACUGCUUUGAACAUGUAAGUUUGAAAAAAAAAAACUAUGUAUUUGGUACCUAUUGUGUGAUACUUGCAGCAUUUAAAAAGACAGAAGGUUUUAUGUUUUGAUUUGUUAAAAGAAGUUCAUUCUGGUCUUAAUUUGUUCAUCUUAUUUUCCCUUUUUUUCCCCCUCCCCCAUUGUGAAGUGGGCAUGCUUGUCAAAAAGACAAAUGCUCUCUGUUAACAGGCUUAUAAUCUCAUAAAUAGUUGUGUAUAAAAUAAACUGUUAUAACUUCUUUUUUUAAUAAAACAUUGAAUAUGUA